UGUGACCUUAGAUAACAUAUUAGGCCACCAAUCAGCUGACUGACAUUCACGGACUUAUAUUUUCAUGGUGUAAUUAAAGAAAUUAAGAAAAUUAUUACAUAAAACAUUUUAAAAAACAAAUCAAACCUUUUUGUUUUAUGCCGUACAGCCAACGUGUAGCACACCACAAUGGAAACCAAUAGUUACCAAUGCUGCCUGUAAAUUAUACAAUGGAAGAACCAGACAAACAUAUACGUGAAGCAUUGAAACAAAUUAUUAGUCCAAUUUAAUUGACGCCAUCGUAUGAAAUACGAUGACUUUUUAAAAAUAGAACUCUGUAUAUAAAUAUAAAUUAUUUAAAUUAAAAAAAAAACACACACACAACCAAAGACAAGUAGAUGUUUAUUGAUCUAUGGAACAGCCUGAAAAGUAUAAUCGGUAGAGAUAUGACUGCGACGAUGGUGGACACUCCUCCGCCUGAACUCAUCACCACCAUAGAGUGGGGCAUGAUGGAUAAGAGCAAGUUUUUUCCACUGUACAGCCUGAGUGGGUUCACAGUUCGUUGCGCACUGUAUCCGCUAACAUUAAUAAAGACUCAGAUUCAAGUGCAACGGAAAAGGGAUGCGUAUAAAGGAGUGUAUGACGCCAUAUCCAAGAUUUACGCUAACGAGGGUGUUUCCGGUUUGUACAGGGGAUUCUGGAUGUCUAAUUUUCAGAUAAUAUCAGGCGUUUUCUAUAUAACAACGUACGAGGGUGUGAGACACGAACUCGGCAAGCACGAGAUAAACCCACGACUGAAGUCGUUCAUAGCCGGCGGCUGCGCGUCACUCGUCGGACAGACGGUGAUAGUUCCUUUCGAUGUCCUAAGCCAGCACCUGAUGGUGCUCGGUCUCGUGAAAGGCUCAGCAGAGAACACCAGGAAUCCGAAACUAAAUCCGUUGGGUUUAGACCUUGAACAGCCAAUGUCGAGGGUGGCGCUCGCCAAGGAGGUCGCGGCCCGUGUGUACCGCCUUCACGGUGUUCUGGGAUACUACAGAGGUUACACAGCCUCCCUGGCCGCCUAUGUGCCUAACUCAGCGUUGUGGUGGGCUCUAUACACCGCUUACCAAGACGAACUGUUCAAAAUAAGUCCAUCGUGGGUGUCGCACUUAUUCCUACAGUGCGUGGCGGGCACGCUCGGGGGCUUCACCACAACCAUACUGACGAACCCGCUGGAUAUAGUGCGCGCGAGGUUGCAAGUGGAGGGCGUGGGUACUAUGAAGCAGGUGUUCAAGGAGCUGUGGCGCGAGGAGGGCUUCGUGGGUCUGUACGCCAAGGGUCUGUCGGCCAGGCUCGUGCAGAGCGCGUGCUUCUCCUUCUCCAUCAUCCUCGGCUACGAGAGCAUAAAGCGCGUCUCGCUGAGCGACGAGUACCGCACGAGAGUGCGGUGGUGAAUAAACGGGUUGACUA